CCAGGAUCCAGACCCAAUCGACUCUCUCCCUCUUUCUCUCUCUCUCUCCCUUGCUGCAACUGCAACAAAGUUUUCUCUAAUCGGAGUACUAGCAGGUCUGCCAUACAGUUUUAUUCAGUUCGACAUUGAAGAUCUCUAGAAGGGGGUUUUCUUGGGUGGUUGUGAUCCGGAGAGAUGGAGCAGAAGAAUUUUCUUUUGUCAGCGUUGAGCGUUGGGGUUGGAGUGGGGCUUGGAUUGGCUGCUUCUGGGCAGACCGUGAGUAGAUGGACCGGCACAAAUGGUGUUACAGCUGAGCAAAUUGAGCAGGAGUUGAUGAAGCAGUUGGUUGAUGGCAGAGAUGGCAAGGUCACAUUUGAUGAGUUCCCCUAUUACCUUAGUGACAAAACACGCGUGUUAUUGACAAGUGCUGCGUAUGUUCAUCUAAAGCAUUAUGAUGUUUCCAAGCACACCCGGAACCUUUCACCUGCAAGCAGAGCUAUUUUGCUCUCAGGUCCAGCUGAACUUUAUCAUCAAAUGCUUGCAAAGGCUUUAGCACAAUAUUUUGAGUCAAAUCUGCUGCUAUUGGAUAUUGGUGAUUUUUCACUAAAGAUGCAGAGCAAAUACGGUUUCAUCAAAAAGGAAUCUUCUUUCAAGAGGUCCAUCUCAGAGAUGACACUGGAACGGAUGUCCAGCUUGUUCGGUUCAUUUUCAAUCAUCCCUUCAUGGGAAGAAACAACAGGAACAUUGAGAAGGCAGAGCAGCGUUAUGGAUGUCAACUCAAGCAGCAUGGAAGCUUCUAAACUUCGUCGAAAUGCCUCUGCUUCAUCUGACAUUAGCAGCAUUUCUUCCCAAUCUGCUUCUACUAACCCAGUUCCGCUCAAACACUCCAGCAACUGGUGUUUUGAUGAGAAACUUUUCCUCCAGUCACUUUACAAGGUUUUGGUUUCAAUAUCAGAAACCGGGGCAAUCAUUUUAUACAUAAGAGAUGUUGAAAAGCUUCUUCUGCAAUCACAAAGACUCUACAAUUUGUUUCACAAGUUGUUGAAGAAGCUUUCUGGUUCAAUAUUGAUCCUCGGUUCCCGGAUGUUGGACCCAGAAAAUGAUUGCAGAGAAGUGGACGAAAGAGUUGGCACUUUAUUCCCAUACAACAUUGAGAUCAAACCACCUGAAGAUGAAAUUCAUCUGGUCAGCUGGAAAGCCCAACUAGAAGAGGACAUGAAGAUGCUCCAGUUUCAAGAUAACAAAAACCACAUAGCAGAGGUACUCGCAUCAAAUGAUCUUGAAUGUGACGAUCUGGGUUCAAUUUGCCAUGCAGACACUAUGGUUAUCAGUAAUUACAUUGAAGAAAUUGUGGUCUCGGCAAUAUCUUAUCAUCUGAUGAACAAAAAGGAUCCAGAAUACCGCAAUGGAAAACUUGUUAUAUCAUCUAACAGCUUGUCCCAUGGAUUGAGCAUAUUCCAGGAAGGUAAAAGUGAAGGGAAAGAUACCCUAAAACUAGAGACCAAUGGCGAUGCUGGCAAGCAAACUGAACGGGAAGAGAGUGCCGGGGCAAAGAAUGAGUCAAAAUCUGAAGCCCAGGCACCUGAGAGUAAAAGUGAGACCGAGAAAUCUGUUUCUGCUCCAAAGAAGGAAGGCGAGAAUACACCUCCGCCCAAAGUUGAGGUACCUCCUGACAAUGAGUUUGAGAAGCGUAUCAGGCCAGAAGUUAUCCCGGCAAAUGAGAUCGGGGUGACAUUUGAAGACAUUGGUGCCAUGGAUGAAAUUAAAGAAUCACUUCAGGAACUGGUCAUGCUCCCACUUCGAAGACCAGACCUCUUCAAAGGUGGACUUCUUAAGCCUUGUAGAGGCAUAUUGCUUUUUGGUCCUCCAGGUACCGGGAAAACAAUGCUGGCAAAGGCCAUUGCGAGUGAAGCUGGAGCAAGUUUCAUCAAUGUCUCAAUGUCCACCAUCACUUCCAAAUGGUUUGGUGAAGAUGAAAAGAACGUUCGAGCUCUGUUCACUCUGGCAGCAAAGGUUUCCCCUACUAUUAUAUUUGUGGAUGAGGUUGAUAGCAUGCUCGGGCAGCGGACUAGAGUUGGAGAACAUGAGGCUAUGCGAAAGAUUAAGAAUGAGUUCAUGACACACUGGGAUGGGCUGUUGACAAAAAAUGGUGAAAGAAUUCUUGUUCUUGCUGCAACCAACAGACCAUUUGACCUUGAUGAAGCCAUUAUUAGGCGGUUUGAGCGAAGGAUCAUGGUUGGUCUUCCAUCUGCUGAGAGCAGAGAAAGGAUCUUGAAAACUCUCCUGUCAAAAGAAAAAACUGAUAAUAUUGACUUCAAGGAGCUUGCCGUCAUGACUGAAGGAUAUAGUGGAAGUGAUCUUAAGAAUUUGUGCAUAACGGCAGCUUAUAGACCUGUUAGGGAGCUCAUACAACAGGAGUUAUCAAAGGAAAAGGAGAAGAAUAAGAAAUCUGAAGAGGGUACAAGCUCAGAAGGUGCCUCAGAUACAAAGGAGGAAAACAAAGAAGAGUGCGUGAUUACUUUGAGGCCGUUGAAUAUGGAAGAUAUGAAGCAAGCAAAGAAUCAGGUCGCUGCCAGUUUUGCGGCAGAGGGAUCAGUGAUGAAUGAGCUAAAGCAAUGGAAUGACUUGUAUGGAGAAGGAGGUUCAAGGAAGAAGCAGCAGUUGACUUACUUCCUCUAGACUACGGAAGGCAUGCAUCUUAGUCACUCAUCCCAGCCAGAUUUCAAUCACUCUGAGCAUAAAAUGGUGCAGAAUUGAGAUUGGAAGCUUUUAGACCAGAUCCGCAAAGAACAAGAUGUCGAAAACCCGCGCAAAAGCUUGUAGGAUACCCAGUAUUAUCCAAAUCAUUAUGAUUAGGAAGGGGUCCUCAGUAUUUCCAUAAUAUACUAGUCAAUAUGCUCUGUGAAUCCAUGGUCUUUUAGAAAAUGCAUGUUAUGUAGAUUUGGGUUUGUUCAGUAUUUUUUUAGUUGUAAACAGACUCAGAUCACAUGGUAGUAUAUGUACAUUGAUGACAUACUACUUCUGUAGAGUUUGAUUGUUUGAGUGAAGGCAGGUUGUAGA